AUGGCUAAUAGUAAUAUAUUAUUAACUUUGCUUUUGAUAAUAUUCAUGUUCUACAUUUCAGCUGCACAAGGAAUUGAAUCACUUCCUGCAUUUGCCUCAAGUUCUAGUGAUGGUAUUUGCAAAUCAAUGGUAGAGACACAAGGCUACACAUGCGAAGAACACAAGGUGACCACAAAGGAUGGUUACAUCUUGAGCUUACAGAGGAUUCCAGAAGGACGAUCUGGUAAAAAAGCAGAUAAGCCACCUGUUCUAUUACAACAUGGCCUCUUUGUUGAUGCAGUAUCAUGGCUUCUCAGCUCUCCUGAUGAAUCAUUGGCAUUUAUCUUAUCCGACAAUGGGUUUGAUGUGUGGCUUGGCAAUACACGUGGCACCAGAUAUAGCAGUGCCCACACAUCUCUUUCUCCAAUUGAUAGGGCCUAUUGGGAGUGGUCAUGGGAAGAAUUGUCCUCUUAUGAUCUUCAUGCUUUAGUUCAUUACGUGUACAACCACACUGGGCAAAAAAUAUAUUAUACAGGGCAUUCCCAGGGGACAGUGAUAGCCUUGGCUGCAUUCUCACAAAAGGAAUUGGUAAACAUAAUCAGAUCUGCGGCUUUACUUAGUCCCAUUGCUCAUCUCAAUCAUAUCCCUUCGCCAUUACUACAAUUUGCUGCAAAUGCCUUUCUAGCUAAUGCUCUAUAUUGGCUCAACCUUCGCGAGUUCCUUCCAAGAAGUCAAGAAGCAGCCCAACUUCUAGAGGUUUUCUGCACUGUUACAGGCAUCGAUUGCUCUAACAUAUUGACUCUUUUAACAGGCCCAAACUGUUGCUUUAAUUCUACAACUCUAGAAGUCUUGUUAUUCCGUGACCUUCAGCCAACGGCAACCAUGAACUUGAUCCAUUAUUCUCAAAUGGUCAGAACAGGAAGGAUAGCGAAGUAUGACUAUGGAAAUCCAAUACAAAACAAUCAACAUUAUGGACAAUCCAGGCCUCCUGUGUAUGACAUGACCAGCAUUCCAAACGACUUGCCUCUCUUCCUCAGCUACGGGAAAAACGACAUUCUAUCAGAUGUCGGAGGCGUGCAGGUUUUGCUGGACGAACUCAAAAACCAUGAUCAAGAUAAGCUUAUGGUGGUUUUUAACGAAGACUAUGCUCAUGCUGAUUUCAUUUUGGCUAACAAUGCAAAAGAAGUCGUUUAUGAGCCUCUGAUGACGUUUUUCAAUCAAAACUGA